AUGGCUCAACCACCCGACGAACUAGAUGUAGGAAACGAACCUGACACGAUAGAACCCAACUAUGAAGUUAAUUGCCCACUCAUCAAACUGACCACCAAACCACAAGAUGAUGGAGAAAAUGAAGAAGAGCCAAGAACUUUACUGGGAAUUCCGUUAUCUCUAGUUAAAUGUUUCGGGCAUGAAAAAUCUCUACCAGUUCUCAGCAUGUCUCAGGGUCAAGAAUUAUCAAUUCUCUACGCCUGUUCUCACUGCGGAGUUAUUUACGAUGUUGAGAACAAAGAGGAAUACAUCUUGCAAGGUCAUAGAAAUAGUAUCUCUUGUUUAGCUGCAACGCACGACAAAAAAAUGGCAAUCGUUGGUGACAAGGGACCCAACAGUAUCGUUAACGUCUGGCAAGUCUUACUCAAAACUAAACAGCUGAAGCCGGUCAAAACAUUUUUUAAUUUUCAAGAGUACGGCGUUUCAGCUGUCGCCAUGUCAAACACCAAUACUUACCUGGCUAUUAUCAGUGCCAAUCCUGUACAAUUUUUAACAAUUUGGAACUGGACAGAUCCCAGCGAUAUUCCCAUCGUUGAGAUUCGGAUAAAUCCAGCUUACGGAUACCAAAAGGACAUAAUAUUCAACGCAGACGACAGUUCGCAACUUGUUUCUAACAGCGAGACCCGGGUGGUCUUCUACGCGUGGAAUGAAAGUAUGAUAAAGUCCUAUUCACAUCAGAUGACCGCAUCCGAUCUGCAUAAGAUCGGAAAAUUCACGACAACCGUCUUCUUUAAGAACGUCCAUUCGGCACUUUCCGCCACGAAUUCCGGAAAAUUUGUCGUCUGGGAGAAGUACAAGUCUCAUUUAUUGAAUGGAUUGACGCCAUUCAAGAGGAUUCAAAAAAUUGUCCGAAUGCAAAAUAAACCAAUCACUGUCCUAACAACUGUCAAUAAGAUGAUUGUCACCGGUGAUGCGAUCGGGCAGAUUAAAUUUUACGACGAAACAUUAAAAUUGGUGAAUUGGUUCCAGGAUGUUAACCUGGGUUCUAUAACGAGUAUAUCGUUUGACUUCUGCUCGGAAUCUAUAAAAAGUAAAGAUGAUUCAUUUAUGCUCGAAUCUUAUUUAAAAGGUAACGCCUUUACGACUCCGAAUUUCAUAUUCGCAACGUCCAUGGCUCGGUUCGUGUACGUCACGGCAAACGGGACCAAAUAUGACAUAGUUAGCGAUGAUUUCGACUGCUCAGUGGUGGCAAUGGACAUCCACCCUUUCAAACCCCUCAUCGCCGUUGGUGGUCAGAACGGUUUUUUGAAAUUACUACAUUACAAAAAUGGUGAUUCGGUGGCGUCGAAACUUUUCGAGAACGGUAAACAGGCCAUCUCCUGCUUGAAAUAUAACGUCGAUGGAAGCAUGUUAGCAGUUGGAUUAUCAAAUGGUAAAGUAGAAGUUUUGCACGGAUUAAACCUGAGAUCUUUCUGUAAAACCUACCUGAAUGAUACUAAUGAAGCGGUAACCCACAUCAUAUUUUCUCACAACAUGCAGUAUAUGGCGACCGCAGAUGCUGGCCAUGCAGUUACUUUGUACAGCAUCGUGAAAGACAAGAUAUGGAUCGACGAAAAUCAAAAUUUCAAGUUUAUCGGACGUUAUAAGGCGCACAAUAAAUCGAUCAGGACGAUUCUCUUUAGAACAAGUGCUGAAAGCAGCGCAAUCAAAUUGUAUUCACUUUCGCUGGAUCGCUAUCUCGCCGAAUAUGAAAUCGUGAAAGGUUUAAAUGGUUUAGGCUUGAAGCGUCGCGACAGAAUAGAGCAGAGUGCACUGCCAUUGUGCAUGUCCUCCUACCCAAGACUGAGUAGAGACGAUUUUAUUUUAAUCUGCAACGACCAGUUUAAGUUUAAAUUACUCAAUUCACUCUCUAGAAUGUGCAGGAAAACUCUUCUCGGUCCAAAAUUUGGUUCUCCCGUCGAAAAGUUUAUCGCAUCCUCCGUCAAAUUAGGUAGUAACACUGAAACGACGAACUUCAUAGCGUGCAUGCUUGGGGAUAAAAUUGCCAUUUCCCUACUACCCGUCACCGGAAACCAGCACCGCUCAUUCGGGAUGAUAUCCCAUCCAGCCGGUGUUAAAAAUAUUGUAUUGAGCUCAGACGGAAAGUACAUGUUCAGUGUGGGUGGGUCUUCGGCCUGCCUCAUGAUGUGGUCCAUCAACCUGGCGGCACUUGAGGUUCAGGAACGUCUCGGAGGUUCAGAUCUUGCUCCUUUUUACGAGCAAAUAAACGAGGGCAUGAACUCAUUGUUUAUGUACCAUUUGGAAAAUUUAUUUUAUUUUGCUCAGAUCAGAAAUCAGGGAAUACACACUAUGGAGAAACGCAGCGUUGGUGCCGUCGUUCCACUGACGGAAAUUCCAAGCAUCAUGAGAGCGCUCGGGUUUUUCCCAACUGAACAAGAAAUUUUUACGAUGAUUAACGAAGUUAGGUACGAAAAUUUUGCUGAAACCGGUGAAAUCGUCAACAGCAUUGACGUUGGCCAGUUUUUAAAGCUCUACAUCAACCACAGACCUGUCAAUUACUCGCAAGAGCAGCAGAUUCAGUCGGCUUUUCGAGUUCUUGGUAAGAAGAACGAUGAAGGUACAUUUGUCAUUGAAGAGGAAGAAAUUGUUAAGCAGUUGUUAAACAACGGAGAACCUAUGACAGAAUCAGAACUUGCUGAAUGUUUGGCAACUUUUUCUGGAAUCAGGAAAGCAGACAUUUGUACGAAGCAAUUUCCAUCACAGGGCCCUGGUCUCGUAUUUCCUCAAAAACUUGAUGCCGAACAGUUUAAAAACUUACUAGGAUUCAAAAAAAUUGAAUAG